UGCGUUUGCGCCUUCAUUGUCAUUAGCGGCUGUGUUACUGUGUGAAUGAUGGCAGCUACACCAACAGCAUGAAGAGAGUGCGCAGAGUGUUGUCGCUGUUUACGAUAUGAUCCAUUUCUUCAGUCGCCACAUUUGCUAAGUAGACAGUUACCGUUAGCUUGACUGUGUCUGUAGCAGUGUCUCUUCUACCCGCCGGCCUUUACACACUGGUGUCUGGAGAAAUGCAGAGAUUGCGGUCUUUGAAAAGGGGCUGGCAGCUGCUGAAGUCAAGCUGUGAGGGAGCAGCAAAACAUGUAAACACCUCGCCUUCGAUCUCAAGAAGUUAUAGUCAUCUCCAUCCUCAGGGCCACAACUCCUUUGGGCUCCUCUUUGACAUAGAUGGGGUGCUGGUGCGAGGCAGGACACCGAUCCCUGCAGCCAAGCAGUGCUUCAGGAAUCUGGUGGACCGCAAUGGGAAAUACAAAGUGCCUGUGGUGUUUGUCACAAACGCCGGGAACUGCAUGAGGCAGACCAAAGCUGAACAUCUGUCACAUCUGCUUGAGGUUGAGGUGUCUCCAGACCAGGUGAUGCUGUCCCACAGUCCUUUGCGAAUGUUCACUCAGUUCCACAACAUGUGUGUGCUGGUGUCGGGACAGGGUCCUGUGGAGGAGGUCGCUCACAACCUGGGCUUUCAAGAUGUUGUGACUAUAGAUAUGCUCAGAGAGGCAUAUCCGCUACUGGAUGUCGUGGAUCACAACAGAAGGCCCAAAGGCAGUAUUCCACCCACCAAAGGCUUACGGCCAAUAGACGCUGUCAUCUUAUUUGGCGAGCCGAUCAGAUGGGAGACCAACCUCCAGCUUAUCGUUGACGUGCUCCUAACAAACGGGAACCCAGACAAUACCUGGAGCUCGAUGCAGUACCCUCACAUCCCGGUCCUGGCCUGUAACAUGGACCUGCUGUGGAUGGCCGAGGCGAAGAAUCCUAGGUUUGGUCACGGUAUGUUCCUGGUGUGCUUAGAGAGCCUGUACAAGAAGGUCACAGGCCAUGAGCUGAAGUACGAGGCUCUUAUUGGUAAACCUAGCGUGGUGACUUAUAACUACGCCGAGCUGCUGAUCAGACAGCAAGCUGAGAGACUAGGCUGGACCUCACCUGUGAAGAGGCUCUAUGCUAUAGGCGAUAAUCCCAUGGCUGAUAUAUACGGAGCCAACCUCUACAACCGCUACCUCCAAGCUUCCUGGUCCACCAAGGCCCAGAAGCAGGCUAAGAGUGGCGGAGGAGGUGUAGAUCCCUUGGCCGACACUGUUGAUGAUGCACUUAAAAUGACAUCAGCAGAGCUCGGCGGAGCGUCCAGUGUUUACGGGGCAGAGGAGGACCUCCCAGAGGGGUGCAGCUCCAUCCUGGUGUGCACAGGAGUGUACAGCAGGGACCAGCAGGAGCUGCUCUCAGACACAACACAAACGGUCACCGAGCAACAAAUCUUCCACGGCCACCGGGACUUCCGCUUUGACCCCAGCCUCACACAGCCGUCCUUCGUGGUGCAGGAUGUAAAGGAGGCAGUGGAGCUGGUGUUCCAGCAGGAGGGCUGUCCUCUGGAGUAGGACGAGUCUCUCAAACUCUGGCUCCAUCUCACAGCCUUCCAGUAAACAGCUCUAACACCUCGUAACCAGUAGCAGCAGAAGUUUUGUGAGAGUGUUUGUUUUUUUUUUUUUUUUUUUUCCUAAAUCAAAUCCCCUGAUUAUCACAGGGGAGAUGUAGCUGUUACUUUGGCUAGUUCUAAUAGAUUUUCAUAAAGUGCCAUAGAAUCAGCUGCACAAAGCAACAAUAUGCAGUUUUAACACCAAAUAUAGGAAAGUUACAAUUACAGAAGUUUUACAUUGGCCCUGCAUGAUAGUAUGUCAGAGACUGCUGUAAUAUUUUUUAUACCUCUCACACACAACACACACUUAUCGGUUUCUAAUAGUUCUAGCUAUUGCAUAAAUGUAGUCAAGGACUCAAGUUCAGCAAGUCUGUCCUUUUUUGCCUUUGUAGAAAACAAUCUUAAAUCAGCUGUCUUUUAAAAACGCACAGAUCAUCUAGGUGUUAAAUUGCAUGCAUUUUUACUAUGUUCAGACUUCUGUAAAGUAUCUGUCAGUUCAUCGAUGAGAGCUGAGAUACAGUUCGAACAGUUACACCUUUAGCUGUAUAAAGUUCAGAUUGAUCGAGAAAGAGCUCUGCAAAGAUAGAUUUGUUGGUUCAUCUGUGACAAUACCACAUAUUGUCCAGAUAAAGACGAAUUUUAUGCUUUGCACAAUAGCCUACCUAACUGGGUCAUUUUUCCUUUCCAAAAUAUACACCCCCCAGCAUGUCUUAACUAGACCACUUCUGCUGUUUGUUUUUACUGCUAUCAUAUUUCAGCUUGUAUUUGUUUUUAAGUUAGGGUGGAUAUGUAACCACUAAUACUGAUGAGAUUAAAUAACCAGGUUUCAGUUAAGUACCUCAUCAGUUUUGAUUUUUAGCCUUAAUCAGGAGUAUGAUGAUUUAAUUUUAAAAAACAAUGUUGUCUUAUUUUGUUAAUUGGUCAGAAUUAUACAAAGUACCACGGUUUCUACAGAAAUUAAAAAGGUGCUAUUUUUUUGUCAACUGGUUGUAGCUGGGAAAAUUUUAUGAACGGUUAAUGUGAAUGUCUGUAUUAGAAAACUGUCUUGGGAGAAAAUGUUGAAUUACGGUGGCAGCACUAGAGAAAAUUUCAUAUAGUGCUAGUGUUUUAUAUUUGUAACUGACAGGUAUAACAGUGUAUGAUUUGCAGGUGACUUCAAUUGCAGGUUAAAAGUGUGGAACUUUGGUAAUGUACUGUAAAAGCCAUACUGUAUAAAAGAACAAUUAAAAAGGAUGAAAGACACAAAAA